AUGAACGCGAAUGCCCGUGCUAGUGGUGUUACGCUCGGGGUUUUGCCCAGUGGCUGGUCCUCGCUAGACUGGGCAAUCAAGACCGAACGAAGCAGCGCUUCGACCGUGAUGAGGAUGGUCACUUGUGGAACCCCGACUGGGCUACGGAUACGAGUGGAAUCAACGUCCGCCUCGCUCCCAAGACCUCGACCUGAGCUGCGCGGUGCACCACUCAGCGUCGUUGCUUGA